GAGCCCGGCGCUCGCUCGCCAGUCCGCUCGGCCCGCACGCAAAAGGCGGGGAGCCCCUGAGGCGAACCCGCAGGCGUCACCCCUCUGCCCCGCGCGCGCCCUCUUCCUCGCGCGCCAACUGCGGCUGACCCGACGCAGGGAGCGACAGGCCCCGGGGCUGAAGGUAAAACCCCACGGAAGAAACAUGAGGUUCUCCUGGAAAUUGUUCAAGAGGAAGAUGGAAGGAGCUGCAUAAAAGAGAUUAAAAGUUGUUUGCUGCAAGACUGGGGCCAGAAGGCUGGCAGUGGAAAACCCUGUUGGGUUGUGAUCUCUCACUGAAAAGUUCCAGGUGCCUUUUUACUUCUUGCAAAGGAAAGGAAGAGCGGGAAGAAACCAUGUCUAUUGCCUUGAAGCAGGUGUUCAACAAGGACAAGACCUUCCGGCCCAAGAGGAAAUUUGAGCCUGGCACACAGAGGUUUGAACUCCACAAACGGGCUCAGGCAUCCCUCAACUCAGGUGUGGACCUGAAGGCGGCCGUGCAGCUGCCCAGCGGGGAGGACCAGCAUGACUGGGUGGCCGUGCACGUGGUGGACUUCUUCAACAGGAUCAACCUCAUCUAUGGCACCAUCUGUGAGUUCUGCACUGAGCAGACCUGCCCUGUGAUGUCAGGAGGCCCCAAAUAUGAGUAUCGGUGGCAGGAUGACCUCAAAUACAAGAAGCCGACCGCCCUGCCAGCGCCCCAGUACAUGAACCUUCUAAUGGAUUGGAUCGAGGUCCAGAUCAACAAUGAGGACAUAUUUCCAACAUGUGUGGGUGUUCCCUUCCCAAAGAACUUCCUUCAGAUCUGCAAGAAGAUCCUGUGCCGCCUUUUCCGGGUCUUCGUCCACGUGUAUAUCCACCACUUCGAUCGGGUCAUUGUGAUGGGUGCCGAAGCCCACGUCAACACCUGCUACAAGCACUUCUAUUACUUUGUCACAGAGAUGAACCUCAUAGACCGCAAGGAGCUCGAGCCCUUGAAAGAGAUGACGAGCAGGAUGUGUCACUAACGCCCCAUCUUACUCUCCGGAAGAAAGAGGACUGCUGUUUCCUCCUGGACUCCCCAGCCCAGCUCAGCAGGAGGGAACCCCAAAUGGCGCUCCUCCUUCCAGAAGCAGGUGGAGACAGUGACUCUUGAGAGACGUUCCCCACUCACUUCGCGUGCUCCUCCCCUCUGAGUGCUGCUAGCCCCAACUUGUGGCCUGGCUGACCCCGGUGUGAGUGAAAGGAGGACCCCCUGGCCCUCGGCCUCAGGGGCAGCCUGGGCACUUAGCGUGGGGGGUGCAGUUCUGACUGAGACCGCUGCCUGAGCUUUACCAGAGCUGGCUUUCGAGACAAGUCCUGAUCUGGCUUGUCAGCUGGCCCACUUUCCCCGAUGUGUUCUCUAAGCACCGAGUGAAUUUUGGAACUCGGGUGUGCACCAGGUUUUUCUGUAACAAGCCUUCCUUUCAGGUGCCUGAAAGCUCCUGGCCAGCUCUAAGGUCUCACCUGUGAGGGGCUGUGGAGCCUGAGUGGCCUGAGGCUUCAACCUGCAGCAUUAACACUAUUUCCCUAAAAGCCGUUUUAUCAGGGACCAGUCCCUGGGGUGGCUUGUCUCUGCCCCAAACAGGGUCUAUACACUUUUACUCCAGGAAGAGACUGGGUGCUGGAUAAGUGCUACCAGUUCACCCUGCACAGAAUGUGUUGGUAUAACCACCCUCAUUCCUGUCUCUUCCAUCCAAGACAUUGUUUUCCUGUUUUCCAGAAAACAGAUGACCAAGAAUGAUCAGCAGAAGCUCUGAGCCAGAUUAGUGCAGUGUUUGUUCUUUGUUAUGGGAGAGGAGUGCUGGCUGUCUGCAAAACACCUUUCAGUGGAAGAGCAUUUGGCUGCUUGGUGUCUGUAUCGCAAACACCAGCCCACUGAUAUGUCACCUCCCAGCUGGCCGCCCAGCUUCCAAACCUGUGGAGGAUAUUUUUCCCUUUCCCUACACACUCUCUCCUCCUCUGCCAUAUUAGAUUAUGGCACAAAACUAAUUUCUGCCUCUGUGAUGGUGCCGUAGUUGCCAAGGGAACAGCAGAGCCAGAGCUAACUUCCUUCUUCCAUCCUUCACCAUUUUUCUAUGCCAGUAGACAGAAAAAUGCAUUCUUUGCUGCCUUUUGAAACCUAAGUGAGCUUUAGUUAAUGAAAUGUUGCCUUCUCUGAUUCAUUCACAAAAUUGGUGGUCCUCAGAGCCCAUGAUUAGGGGGUGAGAAUACUUCCAGCGAUCAUUUGAAUUUGACAAAAUAUCAGUUGGUGGAGGGAAGUAGCUAAGAAUGUAUUAGUACAUUUUAAUGUAAUAGUAAUUACAGAAUAACUACAUGACUCUGAUUUCGUCUUGUUAUAUGUAAUGUGUUAAGGCCACUUGUGACUGCCAAAGAGCCUAGAAGCAUGGAAUCUUUAUUCUUCCAAAUUGCGAAAGGCUGACCGUCUGGGCACUGUGCUUCCAGCUUGCAGCUAACCCAGCGGUUGGCCCUUGCUUCCUCCUGAUAAACGUUUCUCAUGGAAUCCGAAUGCUGCUACCUCUCCUGAUUGUUGUGCUCUGGUCAAUAACACGCGAACUUUCUUCUUCUUCUUUCUAUGUAUCUUUGAGAGGAUAAACUAGGCAGAGGUUUUUCUCAUUAUACCUUUUGGCUGAGGGGAUACCAGAUUAUUCUAAGGACCCAGAGAACAAAGAAAUAAGAAUCUCUGUACCAGCCAUGUGCACUGUGCAGUAAGUACAUGUGAGAAGUUUGACUGUGGGACAGAGUAGUGAUGGCUUGGGGUCCGUUGUCCUGGGGGAGCCCCAUAGUGCUCCCCCAUUGGGUUUUUUGCACUUAAAAGGUAGCGCUGCUCCUGCCCAGCCAAGCAGUGUGCUGCACCCUGAAGACACUUGUUAUUAAUUCUUUUUAUGGUUAUUUUCUAUUAGCUGAUUGUGCAUAAGAAAUUUCCGCUAGGGAAUUGGAGGGUGGAGAGGGGGAAAAAAGAAAUUUUUCCACACAAUUCAAAAAUCCAAACAUUUUGUAGACUUCUUGGAACACAUUCUUCCUGGUUAUUUUGCUAAUUGCACUAAUCAACUCUUCUAGGAUGGAGUCUGGCAAGCCACUUUUAUUUUUAAAUUACAGAAUGUUCCUAAUUCCACAGUACUUUGUUUGGCAAAUUCUAAAGAAAAUCAUCACAGGCAAUUUUGAUCUAUUUGACCCCAAAACAAAGGAAGUACGUUUCCUUGCCAUUGGGGGAAUCUGAGCUCCUGGCAUCUGCUCAUACAUCUCUGAUUCUUAGGGUUCCAGACUGUUACCCUGCUUCUUCCUCCUAAUGUGGCGGGUUUACCACCUUCAUUUUUAACUAUUUUUCUUCAUUUUGAAAAAAUUUAAAGGAACAAUCACAAAAACAAAAGACUACGAUAAAUACCCACAUACCUUUCACUUAGGCUUAUUAAUUGUUAACGUAUUUUUUAUUAGCAACUUGUUAACAUUUUCCACAGUUUUCUCUCUUUAUACAUCUGCAUCAUUAUGGCUGAACCAUUUUGAAAUAUCUUGCAAGCAUUGGAAAACGUUAAAAUGUUUUUUAAUCUAGGAUUUGGUCAAGAAUCAUACAUUGUGUUGAGUUGUCUUUCUCUGUAAUUAAUGGGUUAGAGUUGUGUUUGUAUUAGUUAACACCAAAUUAUCAGAGAGUUCCUGCUGGUCAGUGUGUUGAACGUCUCCCAACCUGGAAUUAUUUCCUCAUUAUUAGACUUAGAUUAAACCUUUUUAGCAAGAAUAUUAUGUAAGCAAUGUUGUUUCUUUCCUCCUAUACCAUGCCAGCAAGCACAUAAAUGAGGUCCUCUUUUUUUAAUGAUAUUAAAUCUAAUUGGGGGUUCAACUGUUAUCUACUUGAUCCAUCCUUUAAAGGUUCAUAAUCUUUGUGAAGCUCUGAAGUUCAGGAUAUAUACAGUAUGAGGCUGUGUGCACUGUAGUGUACAUUCCUUUCUUGAUAUUCUCAAAGAGGUCCAGGCUUUCCAAAAACUUGCAAUCUUUGUGAUGAGAAAAACAGUGGUACAGGAUUCACCGCUUCACCUGUAACAGAGGGAAUGGAAACUGAGCAUAUACCAGUAUUCCAUGGUUAUUCUGGCCAGUGGGAAUCCAGACUGCCUGUCCCUGCGGCCCGAGGUAUACAUGCCUUCUCUUUCUUCCAUCCUCGGUCAUCCCAUUCACAGUGCGGCUUACUUUAGAGAGUGCGUAUCCACAGUAAGGGACAUUGCCCAAGGCUUAAAAGUUGGUUGGUGGGUAUUACAUUGUGGCUCUGGCCCUUCAAAGGAACACAGAGCAUGUAAAAAUAUGAAUUUGUUUAAAAAUUUACUUGGGAGUAGAGAGAGGAGAAAAAAAUUAUUGAGCAGAA